AUGGAUGAUGUACCUGGUUCAGUAGGCACUAGUGCCAGCUUCUCUUUGAGAUUGGGCCAGACCAUAUUUUCUUCUGCUUCUCUUCUUUUCAUGUCUUUGGGCGUUGAAUUCUACAGCUACACUGCUUUCUGCUACUUGGUUACAAUCAUGGGUUUGGCUAUUCCAUGGAGUUUCACAUUGGCAGUAGUCGAUGGAUACUCUGUUCUGGUCAAAUGCCCAAUUCGACAACCGGGAAUGCUUCUGAUUAUUGUGCUUGGAGAUUGGGUGUUAUCAACUCUAACAUUAGCUGCCGCAUGCUCAACAGCUAGUGUUGUGGAUCUCCUGCUCCGAGCGGAUGGAUCUUAUUGCCCUCCGAAGUUUUGCAGCAGGUAUCAAAUAUCGGCUGCCAUGGCUUUCUUGUCUUGGUUUCUAACUAUGGCUUCAUCUCUUUUCAAUCUUUGGUUACUCCCGUCCUUGUGA